CAUUUGGCUGCGCGCCACAGUUUUGACGAACAACGGACUCUUUGUUCGCUUCGUUAGACUGCUUUCUUGUCGCCUCGACUUGACAAGGGCUCGCGAAAUCCGAAACGCUGCAAGGUGAUUACUCUCGAGGUCACUCGCCAAGGGGGGAGGAUGGUGAAGCUGACGCUUUUGUUUUUCUUUGUCUCUUCUCCUUUUCGUCUCCUUUCUUUUUUCUAGUCCAGAAGGUUUUAGAUACCCGGACGUUCCUUGCGACCUUCGCGCGAACAGAUAUAGGUGGUUUCAAGACUCGUUUGUUUUUCCACGAACAAAAAGGCAUGCGACUUCGAGAGAGCGUCGCCGGCAAUCGCCCCCGAGUCUUCUUCGCUGUCCGCGUCGCUCUUUUCUUUUCCCUGCUUCUCUUUCUUCGCCUGUGUCUUCUCCCCCCCUCGCCUUGGUCUAGGCCUUAGUCUUUGUCACCAGUGCUUUCCAGGACUCUCGCUCCUGUUCAGUUUCCGCUCAAAUUUCCUUCAAGAGUGCUUUCGAGGCGCUCCGCCGUUCUUGCGUGAGCGCGAGAGGUCCGGGAGGUCUCUUUGUCCAGCCGACUUGUCUCGAACGCAUGUUUUUCCUUUUCUUGGCCUCUCUCCCUCUCUCCUCGACGGCUACCGAAGAUGGAGGCAGGGGGGAAGAAUCUCUCGCAUCUGCGUGUCACGCGGCCUCGCUCUCGCGAGUCUGGACCCUCCGAGGUUGACUUGCUCCUCCCUUUGUCGUCUCUUCCGUCAUCGUCCCAGUCUCGCUCGAGGUCGUCUCUCUGCCGUCGGUCUUUGUCUCUCCCGUUGAAAAACGCUCGUCAGUUGUCUCGAAGCUUGCCUGCGAUCUUCUGCUGGCUCUCCAUCUGUCUCUUGACUCUACUGUCGUGCUCCGCCGUUUCUUCUUCUCCUGUCCCACAUCCCGUUCCUUCUAUCUCUUCUCCUUCUUCUCUCUCUCCUUCUUCUCUCUCUUCUCCUUCUUCUCUCUCUUCUCCUUCUUCUCUCUCUUCGUCUCCAUUGCCUGAGCACCAUCUUCCAAAUGGCCCUCUGGAGGCUCCACCACCUCCCGGUGGAAGCGAUGUGCUACAGGCUCUUGAGUCGGCUUUCAAGGCAAACUAUGCCCACAUAAAUGGACGUCUUUCCUCUCCUGCCCCCUCGCUUCCUGAUCGGCUUUCUUCUCUCUCUUCUCCUCCCUCUCCUUUCUCUCCUCGCUCUCCCGGGCAUGCCGUCCAGGUGCCUCGAAGUCUCGCGGCUUCGACCUUGACGGCGGCGCCAGGUUUUGUGGGCAAACAGUCGCAUCACUUGAAAGUGGAGAAAUGCAGUGGCUUGGACGUCUUUCUCGUCUCCAACCUUCCGACAGAUCUCGCCGCCCGGUACCCAGCUUUCGCAGUUCGCGAGGCCGCUGAAGGCCAUGGAUUGCCUGUUCUCCACCACGUCCAUUUGGAGGAGGAGGCCGCGAGCGACAACCCAGACAACGCGGCUGUCGAGAAGAAAAUGAACAACCGCCAAGUCGACAGAGACGUCGCCGCCAAUCCCAGACUCGUCGUCGAACACACCCAAGUGACGCCUCUCUGGAACGUGACAGAGCCGGGGAACCGAGAAGGUCUGCCGGUCAUCCGCAUCGCCGAGGGCGCUGCUUCUGUCUUCCGCAUGUCGGCGCCGGUCGUCGGCCUCGGAGAUAUGCUCUCUGCUCUUCUCGAAAUGCCUGUCAUGCACGUUGAGAUCCAUGCAGAUUACAGCGUCGCGCUGUCCUAUCGCUUGAACGCGGCAGAAGGGAGGGAAAUCUUCCACAGCCACGUCGAUCCGAGGCACCGACCGAUUGCGGACCUCGACAUCCAGUACCUCAAGUGCCGAGACCCGCAAGCAGACGAACUGGAAGUCGGACUUGAUGAGGCGAAAAAGCACGCGCUCAUGGUCAAUGUGACAGUCUCGACGCAUGCGUGCACCCCUGUCAGCUUCUUCUGGAAAGUCGUCUGCGCCGGGAACGACCGCCACCUCCAACCUCCGGCGCACGGCCUGCAUAUCGGGACGACGCGUCCAGCCCAGAUAAAGCUUGGACAGGAUCGCAACUUCGACGAUACAGCUUCGGGAGACGGGGCGUCUUCUGGGUUGCUUGACGAAGCCCGGCGGCACAGACUGAAGCUCAUGACGCAGCUGGAGGGAGACCUGGUGGCGGAUGGUGUGUCGACCCCCGGAUGUGCAGAUGUUCGGAGGCCGCAGGUGUUGAUUCCCCGAGACAAAACGUCUAUGGACUUCUUCGUCUGGUGUAAAAAGUGUGACUCCGGCCACGUCACGCUGCAACUCCCAAGUAUCGCGGCAGACUUGGACGUCAUGUACCCCGUUGUUCACCACUUCCACUCGGUGAAUUCGCGAGAGGAGCGAGACCGAGACGCCAGCACGCCCGGCAUCAUUUCCCCCUCACAUGUCACUGUGGUGGAUGUAAAGGAAGGCCAAGAAGACAGAGACGUCCACCAUUUCCGAAUCGAUUUCAACUGCAAAGCUGAAGGAGACUCCAUCGUCGCUCUCGAGUUCCUGCUCCACGGAUUCAAAGCAAUCCAAGUCUUCAUUCGGAAACACUGUGAAGCCACAGUUGAAACCGCCCUCAAGGAUCCAGUGUGCGCCACGGGUGUCGCGAGCCCGGAUGGGACUGCAUGCUGUGCGAGCAAAUGCGGAGUGUGUGGUGGCGACCAGUGUCACGAGCGUCCAGGAUCCGUCGACGAAUGCUGCGUGACUUAUAUUCACGCCCGGCGACGCAUGUGUGCUUUCAACGCUCCCCCUUGCGUCCUUCGCUCCUUAAACGACGAUGCAGUUGUACAUGCGCCUUCGGCGCUGCAAGUGUCCCAGCAGGCUCGAGGGCCGUCUUUCUUUGUCUCUUCGCUUCUUCAGUUUGUCUUCUUUGCCUUCUGGCUGUCACUUUGCGGGGCUCUUCUGCUUCUCUUGCUUCUCUACCUCUACACGGUGUUGCAUCGUCUCGUCGUUCUGCAUCUGCCCAUCAGCGUCGCGCUGCUCCCUUCGCUGUCCCAGCUGAUCCAGACCGCAUUCUUGGGGUUCGGCGCCCUAAGGCAUUUUUAUCUGUCCAAGCUGCAAGCCAUGACGUCAAAGCGCCAUGCAUACACGUCUUUUGACGAGCCUUCGUCUUCGGCACCUUCUUCGUGGAUGCCGGAGUUUUCGAUUUUUCAGGCUUCCACGCCGAGUCCGCAGUUCAUUCCUCUGUCUUCUCUCUCUUCUUCAUCUGAUUACUUCCCCCGGGAGACGCGCCGAAGCCCACACAGGCGCAGCGAAGAAGGUCAAGAAGAAGCAGAAGAGAGUUCUGCGCUCCCUGGCGUCCCUUCUCGCGUGCCGAGGGCCGGGCGAGUGGCGGAAAACGGAGAGCUGGGAGCAAGUGCACGAGUCGAGCACUUUGAUGACUUUGAAUUCGGUGAUUUGUAGAAAUAAAGACGACACAUGCCAGUCAGUUGCAUCUCAGCUGCGUGAGCCAUACCGCCGCUCUGCGGUACCCGUCAAACGCGGGGCGCGUCCGUGGGGACGGUCCGCCCGCCUCCCCUCCCCGCAAGAGCUACACAAAUGUCUGCAUAUCUAAGCAUGAGCGUAUGUAGGCAUGUGUUCGUGUGAGUGUCGGUUCGUGGCGCUCAUCAUACACGCGCAGAGAAGUGAAGAAAUAGAACGGACAAAGAAAAUAGCGGUUCGUAGAUCGGUAUGCGUCUAUCGAACACUUGUCAUAACUGGUUUGCGGCGCGUGGCUCCGAGGCGCGCUUGCACAUCUAGAAAGAAGGUCAGGUUCACAAGAAGCGAAAACAGACGGCGCCCGAACUGUCCAGACACUAAGGCAAGAGGUUAAGCACGCAUGGCGGCGUUCCCGCGUUCUCCCGACGCAACCCGCCCAGAAUUUCUUGGGCGUUGUUUCUUUUAUAUUCUCUGUGCACAGAGUGAAAAGGGGGACGGGAAAAGAAAGCAGGAGUGGAUGUCGUGCGCACGAGCCUCGCAGGGCAUGUGCCGUUGGAAGUGGCUGCCGAUCUUUGCUAGUCACGUCGAACAGCUGCUUUGUAGAAUUCCACUGUGUCACUCGAAAAACGUGGCGCCUGGUACACAUUCUUUAUCUCUGUCUUUCGCAGCGUGUCUGCCGACUGCGUGGUUUCCGUUUUUAGGUUAUUUUGACCUCAAUUUACUCUCUAUUCCCUUGCUUCAAUGAUCCUUUUGACAGAAAUAAACCUCAUUACCGUUUUACAUAGUACGCUUCUGCUCUCCCCAGGGCAAAAGCUGACUGGCUCCCGUCCCCGGCAAUCUCACCUCUUCCUCCUCGCUUCGCCAUUUCAGUCCUUUCCCUUCGCGCUGUCUCAGUCGUGACAGCCUGUGUUUUUUGUCUAGAUCAGGUCUUCUCUAGUAGCUAUCUUUCAUGAACACAGAUAAGGUGGGAAAUUCGCGCGACAGUGAUUAGAUAGUGAUGACGAUGCAUGACCUUCCAAGACAAAGAGCAGCUAACGGCCGCGUAGUGGACAAUGUGGCGAUAUAGGAGAGUCAAGCCAGAGGUGCUUUUAAUCUUCGUCCUCUUGCGGCUUCCCUCCUUUUUCCCUCUCUUUCACAGUGUGGCAACCUCUCAACCGUCUGGGCUGUGUGUGUGUAGUUUGUUUCGAUUUGUACUAGAAAUAAACGCAAGUGCAUUUAUCUCACAAUACGAGGAUCCGCGGGCUUAUUUACACAGGCGUCUGGCUUGGUCUCGGGGAAUUCCUCCGCACGGGAUGUACGGUCUAGUGUAUAUAUAGUUCGAUUGACACUGGAUUUCCGAUGGUCUCUUGAUUGCUGUGGGUGGAGAGGAGAGUAAGGAAGCCGUGCCAUUAUUGUCCCACUGAGCUGUUGCAGUUAAUGCCAACUUCCAGCGAAUCACUUUCGCAAGGAGGGCGGGCGGUGGGCGAUUGCUGGCUCCCGUCUACGUGUUUGAGUCGUUUAUCAAGAGCCUGGGAAAGUACUGGUCGAUUCACAGUUCAGGUUGAUUUCAUAGUUACCACCUGGGGAUUUAUUGUGCAUCAGAGUAUGUAGUAACUGAGCUAGAAAUAACAUAGUAUCGAAGGAGGCGAUGGCUACGAGAACCCCGAGCAUUUAUACGCCGUGGCGUGCGGGAGUGAACAGAAGGAUGCACAUACAGUGCCAAAGGGUCUGGCGGUCUCAGUGCUCCGGAGAGGUACUGGUGAUGAGUCCAAGCACUGCUGCGAAAAAAACGUAGGAGUUAACAGGAGGGCCGCUCGACAAAAACCGGUUGUUCCCGAAUUUUCUGGGCCCUUGACUCUUGCCGGGGACAAAACACAAAACGCGGUCGGCAGUGCACUGGGCGGACCGUUCAGGACCUGUUUUUUGUGUUUUUGCUUCUUUGUUGCCUCCUCGUAUCCCUCGCAAGUCUCUGCUCUGCUCAAAUCUUUCCGCCGCUGCUAGGCUGAGUGCAAGUGACUCAGCCUCCACAGCAGGGGGCCUUUGCCAUUCGCCCCCCCAUUGCUUGGGUGACCCCGUUGCACCAUCAGUGAUUGACUUGCCUCAUCAGGUUCCGCCUAACGCCUC